AUGCUGUUUCUCUAUCACGAACUCAUGGACUGUAAAUCUGCUAUACAAUACCUCAAUAACACUCCUUCCUCGCUCUGGGACUUCAAAGUAGUGGUUGGUAUCAUCAAAGCAAAAAACGGAUGCUCCAAUGAUAAGGCGUUUUCUGCACUGAACAACAUCUUGAAAAAGAAUUUCGAUGCUGCGCAAACUUCAUUUUUCAUUACCAAUUGGAAAUCGCUGAUCAGCAACUUUGAGAAGCAAAGAGAGGAUCCCAUAAGGCAAACAAUACAAACGCAAACCAACAUCGACAUAGGAUCUGUCAACACAAUAAACAACAAGAAUACAAAUAUCAUCAAAAGAAAACGAAAAUUGAUCAAUCGAGAAAGCUUCACAUCUGAAAGAAGAAGAAAGACAUUCGACGAGAUCUUUGACGAAAGCAACGAAGACAGCGAUACAGGAUCAGGCUUCCACAUGGCAAAUGACAAUGAUGCUAGCUCUCCGAUAGUUGCUGACUUGCCCCAAGUAAUGGACAUUGACAUUACUCACGAUCUCUUAUCAUCCUUAAAGGCUAGAUCCACAUAUCAUUUUGAAGGCGAAGAUAUUGACUUUGCUGAAUACAAGUUGGCCUGCCUCCACCAUCUGGACAAACAAGGUCAAGUCUUCUUGGAACCAAAUUUCGCAGAAGUCAUCGCUUUAUCACAUUGUGUUUUACUGAAACAUGGAUGUUACUCAGAGACUAUGAUCAACUUUUUCACCUUGGAAAAACUUGAAAACAUCCACGAUUCUCUGAAGGCAAGCUACUUUGGUGCACAACAAGACCCUCUCUACAACUUCAGCACUGCAUUCAUACAAAAGGUGGAAAACACAUUGAAAGGUUUGUCAGCUAGAAAUGAAGAUAUGAUCUAUACGGAGAUAGAGGGAUGUAAAUCAUUGGCCAACACAUAUCUUGACAAACAACUCUUGAAAAUGGUGCUUGAGCUCCUAGAAUUCUUACCCAAAUAUCCCCAGCCAAAUGUCAACGAAGAAAAUUUGCGCGUGAAAUGCUUUAAUCCAUCAAUAAAAUACUUUAUGAACUGCAAAAAGUUUGGCAUUACCUUGACCUAUCCCGAGACAUCGCCAGAUGAAAGAAAGCCGCGUACGGAUGCGAUCAAAAGACCAGAUGCAAUCGCAUCGUUUUACGAACAAGUCAAAACCACACACAAUGGCGCUUUUUUCGAAAUCAAAAAUGAUUCAUACAAGAGCAGAAAGAGAAUCUUGAUGGUGGACCUGCUCAAACUUGUGCAUUAUGGAAAAGACGCUUUGGAUGCUGGUGUGAAGACGCCAAUUCUCGCUCAAGUCAUUGGAUUCGACGUCACUUUCUAUUUGAUGAAGUUGGAAUCAAAAGGGGUAUACAUCAUGCUUGAAGUAUGUCAUGUCAAAUUACCAUCAACCAUAUUCGAGAUCAAUGCAUAUUUGCGAGAAAUGGACAAGGUUCAAAAGCUAAUAAACAUUCUGGUCGCCAACAAGGAAAAGGAACUGAUGAGGGAGGUGAACGAGAAAAAGAUGGCAUCUUAUGGUACACCACGAGUCGAAAGAAUGGUAGAACAGCUUACCUAUAAACAUUCAACUGAUUUCUUUUUUUAA